AGAACUACAAGUACCAGGUUCGACCCUUGAACGGCCGCUUACUGUACACAGUUCAGUUUGUUUUAGUUUCCACAGACCGCUCUUUGUCACAAGGGACUAAAGUCCACGACGACUCGCUAACCUGACCGUUACACGUCUUUGACUCGCUGCCAAUACCGGGAGCGAUCCCUCCCCAGAGGUCUGCGCGUCGCCAGCUCCCCCUUUCCUGGGCCGUCGCCUGCCUUGUAGCUCUUAUAACGGAGCGGAGAAACUAGCCAGCUAGUUAGCAAGCAAGCUAAAAUUUCCCCCAUGUCCUCUGAGGAAGCGGUCAGCUCGACGAUUACAGAUUGGCUGUUUAUCCAUUCCUGGUGGCUCCUUCUACCGUUCAUUAUGCUUCUUGUAGUGGCCGCCUUCAUUGUUGCUUUUGUGUUGUUGCUGUACAUGAUAUCGCCUCUCAUAAGCCCCAAACCUCUGAAACUGAACGGGGCCCACGUCGUGGUCACAGGAGGCUCAAGUGGGAUUGGGAAAGGCAUCGCUAUUGAGUGCUACAGGCAAGGAGCAUUCAUCACUCUGGUGGCACGAGAUGAGGAGAAAUUACUAAGAGCAAAGAAGGAGGUGGAGAAAUAUGCCAUCAAUGACAAGCAGGUGGUGCUGUGUGUAUCGGUGGAUGUUUCCAGUGACUACACUCAGGUGGAAAAUGUGAUCAAACAGGCUCAGGAGAAGCUUGGACCCGUCGAUAUGCUUAUAAACUGCGCUGGAACUGCCAUUUCUGCAAAGUUUGAGGAAAUGGAGGUGGAGCGCUUUAAGGAAAUGAUGGAACUGAACUACCUGGGCAGCGUUUAUCCGACACGAGCUGUCAUAACCACCAUGAAGGAGCGAAGAAUGGGCCGCAUCAUGUUUGUUUCGUCCCAGGCGGGUCAGAUCGGCCUGUUCGGAUACACUGCCUACUCUCCAUCCAAAUUUGCUCUGCGUGGCUUGGCAGAGGCACUGCAGAUGGAGAUAAAGCCAUACAACAUCUAUGUAACUGUUGCAUUUCCCCCUGACACGGACACUCCACUACUGGCUGAGGAGAACAAAUCAAAGCCUUUGGAGACCAGAUUGAUCUCUGAAACUUCUGGAGUUUGGCAGCCAGACCAAGUGGCUAAGAUCCUUGUCAAGGAUGUGGUGCAGGGGAACUUUAACAGCUCAGUCGGUCCGGAUGGUUACAUGCUAUCAGCUCUGACCUGUGGAAUGUCACCUGUCACCUCCAUCACAGAAGGUCUCCAGCAGAUUGUCACUAUGGGGUUGUUUCGGACCAUUGCCCUCUUCUACCUGGGGAGUUUUGACAGCAUCGUGCGCCGCUGCAUGAUUCAAAGGGAGCAAUCGAAAGCAGCUGACAAGAGGGAGUAACAGCAGCCUCAAAGUCCUCACCGCCCAGUACUGCUCCUCCACAGCAGAUCUGUCCUCCAUCUUUACACAUGUACACAGCUGGGUGGGAACUGAAAUCCAAGUCAGAAGCUUGACUUCAGCUAAGAAGAGAUCAGAAACAUAGAGCGUAUUAUGUUUACUUUCCGAUGACAUCACUUCUCCUUAAAGUUAGUAGAGUUAGUUUUACAUUCUCUGCCAUCUUAGAACAUCAAAUAACUUUGUUUAAAUGUGAAUUCCUAGUUUUGGGGAUGAAGAGGAACUAAACAUUGCAGUUUUUUGAAGCACUGAUUUACACCGACAGGCUAGUAUUUUUUCCUCCAUGCAUAGAAAAGCAGCACACAGCUUAACUAGUUGUACCAAAUAUGGCUUAAAAUUCCUUUCUGGCCAGGACUAUGAUAGAAAACAGAAGGUAAACUUUGACUUUCAGUCGUCUUAUUUCAUUAUAUCACAAUCUCCACUUUUUACUGAGAGUUUUACAGUUGUCACUACAUAGGUUUCGUACCUCAAGUCUUUGCAGGCAAAGCACCCUCCCUUUUUGACUGACUGACCUUUGACUGACUGUGUGGUUUUAUUUUUUGCUGUGGGAUGUUUUGUCUUUGUGCUCCGUGUGUUUACCAAGCUGUGAUGUGAUUUACCCAUAUUAUUCAUUGAUAUCAGAGUGGGCGUUUUUUUACAAUAUUUCUGAUUUUUCAAAUGUAAAAAAAAAAAAAAAAAUCCAUUCCAAAUAAUAUUAAUAUUUCUACGUCUUAAAUGCAGUGAUUGUAAUUGUGGGUGAACUGUGUGCAUGAAUGUGUGCGUUUCUACUGUGACUGAGCCAGCCCAGUGAGGGAUGGAAAAGCCAUUUGAUGUAAUCGUCUGGAUUAUUAAGAUUGAACGUUUUCUUUGUCAUUCUAGCUGGAAAGAGAAGCAUUUUCUGUGAGUUGAAGUCAUAGGAUGGGGGGUAAAAGCCAGCACAUGAUUUCAUUUCUCACCUGCACAAGCUCAUACACUGUACCCCAGCUCCAAUCGAUCUUUUUCUUUUUUUUUUUUUGUGCAUGUUGAUGCACAAGUGCAGCCCUCCGAGUUAGGACCCGCUGUCUGACGGGUUGUUGUUGAGUCAGGGCGAGGCAUAUCUCGCUGGUUCGAGUCCUGUCUCUAGGUCCACUGACAGCAGAGAUUUGUUUCUACACAAAGUCCAAAAUAUCACACAAACUGGCAGCGUCCCUGUGAUUCUUGGACCAGUUGCUUCACAGUUGAUUAGAAACUUCGGUCUGAUUUCUGUCAAGCCUUGAAUAAUCUAUCUUUCCUACUCUUUUUGGGUACAGAGACUAAAGUACAUUACGGAUUUUCACAGUCUUCCAUUAGCCCAUUUUACAACGAAUGUACUUUAAUGCCAACAUUCAAAUCGGGCUUUUGGAUCAUUAUUUUUAGUUCCAACAUUUGAAUGCCCAAAUAUGUCAAAUCCAUUUAUCUGGAUGUUGCUGCUCAGUUGAUCGUCGUAGGAGGAGUAGUUCAGCUUGACCCAUUCCAAGCCUUAAGAGGUGACAACAGAUAAGUCAGAAGCUAUGAGUAGAACAGUUCUAACAGUGUAACUUUAUUGCACAUUUCAAUGUUUUUUGUUUGGCUGUAAAAAUUAAAUUUUUUCCUCUGUAUUUGGUCAGUUUCUUGUCUUGAUGAAAGAAGCCUUAUUUAAUCCAAGAUAUGAAAGUGGGAAUGGAUGACUCUUGUUUGACGAUGUUCUCAUUCGACAUUGGUUUUUAGGCACUUGAGAUAAUUUCAUUAAUGUGCAUUUUAUUUGCUUUAUAAAAUUCUACUUUUACUCCGAGGUAGCAACCCAUAGUGGAACAUGUAGCUUAUGUAAAAGCAGUUUUGUUUGAACACCUUUAAGCUAUGCAAAUGCCUAUGCUUACAGUAUGUUUGAACAUUUGAAGAAAACCGAAGCUAUAGUCUCCCCAGCUCCUCAGUAGUGUUAUCUGUGUGUUUCUAAUGAGUUUAAGAAUACUGAACAUGAAAGUCAUUUUGCACUUUUUUGCUUUUAUUUUUUUUCCGCCAAAACGAUUUGACACCUUCGCCUUGUGUGCCAUUGGAAGAAGUUUUCAGAAGUGGAAUGUUCUUAUGUCUUAUUUUCUUACAUGAUAAAAUAAAAAAAUGUAUUGAAAAUAAA